AUGGCCAAGUUUUCCUUCCUUCUUUCUCUUUUUAUCACUGCCGUCUUGGCAUUCAAUGUCCAAGCCUUUGCUCCUCAGCAAGUCAAUGCCGGUCGUCUCUCCAACACCGAAUUGAACGUCAACAUUAAGGUUUCUGUUGGUGAUGGCGAGCCCAUUGAAUCUGCCCUUCGUCGAUUCAAGCGUGAAGUCAACAAGUCUGGACACUUGAUGGAACUUCGUCACAGACGCACCUUUGAGAACUCUCAAGAAAAGGCGAAGCGCAAGGUCAAGGAGGGCCGAAUGCGCAUCAAGUUUGAACGCAUGCAACGAAAGAGAAUGGCCAACCGAACCUAA